GCAGAAGCGCACUGAGCGCGAGUUGGCUGGGUUUGCGUGCUGUUUCGUUCCUGCUUUGCUCUCUCGCCUCCCUCCCUCUCUCUCUCCCUCCUUCUCCCCCUCCCUCUCCUUUUAAUGAAUUGAUCCUGAGCCAAACUAAAAGAAGUCCGAGACGGGGUUUCCUCUUCCCUCAUGUCAGAGCAGCUCGACCAGACAUUACAGCCGCCCCAUUUGUCUCGAUAUUGUGACAAACUGCACGUGCAAAUUUUAACAAGCUACAGGGCUCAAGAGCAGGCCAGUCGGUUCCUGGUCUGUUCAGUUAGCAGCACUAAUCUGUGCCCUCAGUUUAUAUUAGGAAAAAAUAAACCUUUUGAUCAAUGGCUGCAUCAGGACCAGUGGCUGCUUUCCGUCUACCACCUCUUCCAACAAUUGGAGAAAUUAUUAAAUUGUUUAAACUCAGAGCUGAAAAGCAGCUGUCCCAGAACUUUCUUCUGGAUCUGAGACUUACAGAUAAGAUAGUGAGAAAUGCUGGCAGUCUGAAAGAUGCCCAUGUGUGUGAGGUAGGUCCUGGGCCAGGAGGAAUCACAAGAUCCAUUUUGAAUGCUGGUGUUGCAGAACUCCUGUUAAUUGAGAAAGAUCCUCGCUUUUUUCCAGGGCUUCAGAUGCUCUCCGAAGCAGCUCCAGGAAAAGUUCGUAUCGUUCAUGGAGAUAUUUUAACAUAUAAUAAGUUGGGCCAAGCUUUUCCAAAGCACCUUUUGAAGAACUGGGAAGAUGAUCCACCAGAUAUACAUAUUAUUGGAAAUCUACCUUUCAGUGUUUCAACUCCUCUAAUAAUCAAGUGGCUUGAGAAUAUAUCAAAAAGAGAUGGACCUUUUAGUUAUGGUAGAACACAGAUGACUCUGACCUUUCAGAAGGAAGUAGGAGAGAGAUUGACGGCUAGUACAGGAACCAGGCAGCGAAGCAGACUUUCCAUUAUGUCGCAGUACUUGUGCACUGUUCACAAGUGUUUCAUGAUUCCAGGUUGUGCUUUUGUUCCAAAGCCAGAGGUGGAUGUAUCCGUAGUUCAUUUUACACCAUUGGUGCAACCAAAAAUAGAACAGCCGUUUAAGCUGGUGGAAAAAGUUGUUCAAAGUGUGUUUCAGUUCAGAAGGAAAUAUUGUCAUCAUGGUGUACGGAUCUUAUUUCCAGAAGCUGAACGUUUAGAAAAAGCUGAACAGAUGCUCAUGUUGGCAGAUGUUGAUCGCACUCUACGCCCAACUCAACUGUCCAUGUUUCAUUUUAAAAGCCUUUGUGAUGUGUAUAGGAAAAUGUGUGAUGAAGAUCCAAAUCUUUUUGCAUAUAACUAUAGACAUGAAUUGGCAGAGAAGAGAAAAAGGAAGAAGGGCAAAUUUAGGACUAACAAUGAUGACUUGAUAUAGCUAAUUUUCUAAAAUUAGCCAGGUAUGAUGUUUAACCAUUUCUGUUGAGGAUAAUAAACUACAUUUUAAAAGAAAA